GGAGGGAAGGAGGUAGAGAAGAGUGGAAGAUCGAGGGGUGGGAGCGCAGCUUGGUUGCUCCGUAGUACGGCGGCUCGCGAGGGAGAAUCCCUAGCGGGCUCGGGAACGGGCGGAGAGGCGGGCCGGCGGGGAUGGUGUGCGGGGCUACGGUCUUGCGUCCCACCCCGCGGCGUGUGAGCGGCACUGAUUUAUGCUUGGGGCGGCAGUGCGGUCCCGCGUGGAGAUGAGGCGGCGAUUAGGAAGGCAAAAAUAACAGAACCAUGGCUCAGUUUCCAACACCUUUUGGUGGCAGCCUGGAUAUCUGGGCGAUAACAGUAGAGGAAAGAGCAAAGCAUGAUCAGCAGUUCCACAGUUUAAAGCCAAUAUCUGGAUUUAUUACUGGUGACCAAGCCAGAAACUUUUUUUUUCAAUCUGGGUUACCUCAACCUGUCUUAGCACAGAUAUGGGCACUAGCUGACAUGAAUAAUGAUGGAAGAAUGGAUCAAGUGGAGUUUUCCAUAGCCAUGAAGCUGAUCAAACUGAAGCUGCAAGGCUAUCAGCUCCCCUCUGCACUUCCUCCUGUCAUGAAGCAGCAACCAGUUGCUAUUUCUAGUGCACCAGCAUUUGGUAUAGGCGGUAUCGCCAGCAUGCCACCGCUUCCAGCUGUUGCUCCAGUGCCAAUGGGGUCCAUCCCAGUUGUUGGAAUGUCUCCACCCUUAGUAUCUUCUGUCCCUCCAACAGCAGUGCCUCCCUUGGCUAAUGGGGCUCCCCCCGUCAUCCAGCCUCUGCCUGCCUUUGCUCACCCUGCAGCCACAUUGCCAAAGAGUUCUUCCUUCAGUAGAUCUGGGCCAGGGUCACAGUUAAACACUAAAUUACAGAAGGCACAAUCAUUUGAUGUGGCCAGUGUCCCUCCAGCAGCAGAAUGGGCUGUGCCUCAGUCCUCAAGACUGAAAUACAGGCAGUUAUUCAAUAGUCACGACAAAACUAUGAGUGGACACCUCACAGGUCCUCAAGCAAGAACUAUUCUUAUGCAAUCAAGUUUACCACAGGCUCAGCUGGCUUCGAUAUGGAAUCUUUCUGACAUUGAUCAAGAUGGAAAACUCACAGCAGAAGAAUUUAUCCUGGCUAUGCACCUAAUCGAUGUUGCUAUGUCUGGCCAGCCACUGCCGCCUGUCUUGCCUCCAGAAUACAUCCCACCUUCCUUUAGAAGAGUCCGAUCUGGCAGUGGGAUAUCUGUUAUAAGCUCAGCAUCUGUAGAUCAGAGGUUACCAGAGGAACCAGCUUUAGAGGAUGAACAGCAGCAAGUAGAAAAGAAAUUACCUGUGACGUUUGAAGACAAGAAGCGGGAGAAUUUCGAACGCGGCAAUCUGGAGCUGGAGAAGCGGAGACAAGCGCUCUUGGAGCAGCAACGCAAAGAGCAAGAGCGCCUGGCUCAGCUGGAGCGGGCAGAGCAGGAACGGAAGGAGCGGGAGCGCCAGGAGCAGGAGCGCAAGCGGCAGCUGGAGUUGGAGAAGCAGCUGGAGAAGCAGCGCGAGCUGGAGCGGCAGAGAGAGGAAGAGAGGAGGAAAGAGAUCGAGAGGCGGGAGGCUGCAAAACGAGAACUUGAAAGGCAACGACAACUUGAAUGGGAACGGAAUCGAAGGCAAGAACUUCUGAAUCAGAGAAACAAAGAACAAGAGGACAUAGUUGUCUUGAAAGCAAAGAAAAAGACUCUAGAAUUUGAGUUAGAAGCUCUAAAUGACAAGAAGCAUCAACUAGAAGGGAAACUGCAAGAUAUCAGCUGUCGAUUGGCCACGCAAAGGCAAGAAAUUGAGAGUACAAACAAAUCUAGAGAGUUACGAAUUGCUGAAAUCACUCACUUACAGCAGCAAUUACAGGAAUCUCAACAAAUGCUUGGAAGACUUAUUCCAGAAAAACAGAUACUCAAUGACCAAUUAAAACAAGUUCAGCAGAAUAGUUUGCACAGAGAUUCGCUUCUUACUCUCAAAAGAGCCUUAGAAGCAAAAGAACUGGCUCGGCAGCAGCUACGUGACCAAUUGGAUGAGGUGGAAAAAGAAACUAGGUCAAAACUGCAGGAGAUUGAUAUUUUCAAUAACCAGCUGAAGGAACUAAGAGAAAUUCAUAAUAAGCAGCAACUCCAGAAGCAAAAGUCUAUAGAAACUGAACGAUUGAAACAGAAAGAACAAGAGCGAAAGAUCCUAGAAUUAGAAAAGCAAAAAGAAGAAGCCCAAAGACGAGCCCAGGAAAGGGACAAACAGUGGUUGGACCAUGUGCAGCAAGAAGAUGAUCAUCAGCGGCCAAGAAAACUCCAUGAGGAGGACAAGCUAAAAAGGGAAGAGAGUGUCAAAAAGAAGGAUGGUGAGGAUAAAGGCAAACCGGAAAUGCAAGAGAAGCUGAGUCGGCUUUUUCAUCCACACCAAGAAUCUGCUAAGCCAGCUGUGCAGGCGCCCUGGUCCACUGCAGAAAAAGGCCCUCUUACAAUUUCUACACAGGAGAAUGUAAAAGUGGUAUAUUACCGAGCUCUAUACCCCUUUGAAUCCAGAAGUCAUGAUGAAAUCACCAUCCAGCCCGGAGAUAUAGUCAUGGUUAAAGGGGAAUGGGUGGAUGAAAGCCAAACUGGAGAGCCGGGAUGGCUUGGAGGAGAAUUAAAAGGAAAGACAGGAUGGUUUCCUGCAAACUAUGCAGAGAAGAUUCCAGAAAAUGAGGUUCCUGCUCCAGCCAAACCAGUGACUGAUUCUGCAUCCACCCCUGCCCCCAAAUUGGCUUUGCGUGAAACCCCUGCACCUUUGGCAGUGACUUCUUCUGAGCCUUCCACAACCCCCAACAACUGGGCCGACUUCAGCUCCACGUGGCCCAACAAUACCAGUGAGAAACCAGAAACAGACAACUGGGAUGCAUGGGCAACCCAGCCUUCUCUUACCGUACCCAGUGCAGGCCAGUUAAGGCAGAGGUCAGCCUUCACUCCAGCCACGGCCACCGGCUCCUCCCCAUCUCCUGUGCUGGGCCAGGGUGAAAAGGUGGAGGGGCUACAAGCGCAAGCCCUGUAUCCUUGGAGAGCCAAAAAAGACAACCAUUUAAAUUUUAACAAAAAUGAUGUCAUCACUGUCCUGGAACAGCAAGAUAUGUGGUGGUUUGGAGAAGUUCAAGGUCAGAAGGGUUGGUUCCCCAAGUCUUACGUGAAACUCAUUUCAGGGCCCAUAAGGAAAUCAACAAGUAUGGAGUCUGGUUCUUCAGAAAGCCCUGCUAGCAUGAAGAGAGGAGCUUCCCCAGCCACCAAGCCGGCCGUGUCGGGUGAAGAAUUUAUUGCCAUGUACACUUACGAGAGUUCUGAGCAAGGAGAUUUAACCUUUCAGCAAGGGGAUGUGAUUUUGGUUACCAAGAAAGAUGGUGAUUGGUGGACAGGAACAGUGGGCGACAAGUCCGGAGUCUUCCCUUCUAACUAUGUGAGGCUUAAAGACUCAGAGGGCUCUGGAUCUGCUGGAAAAACAGGGAGUUUAGGAAAAAAGCCUGAAAUCGCUCAGGUUAUCGCCUCCUACACUGCUACCGGUCCCGAGCAGCUUACUCUGGCCCCUGGUCAGCUGAUUUUGAUCCGAAAAAAGAAUCCAGGUGGAUGGUGGGAAGGAGAGCUGCAAGCACGUGGAAAAAAACGCCAAAUUGGGUGGUUCCCAGCAAACUAUGUCAAACUUCUAAGCCCUGGGACGAGCAAAAUCACUCCGACAGAGAUACCCAAGUCAGCAGCCGUGCCGGCAGUGUGCCAGGUGAUCGGGAUGUACGAUUACACGGCUCAGAACGACGACGAGCUGGCCUUCAACAAAGGCCAGAUCAUCAACGUCCUCAACAAGGAGGACCCUGACUGGUGGAAAGGGGAAGUCAAUGGGCAAGUGGGGCUCUUCCCAUCCAACUACGUGAAGCUGACCACGGACAUGGACCCCAGCCAGCAAUGGUGUUCUGACCUACACCUCCUGGAUAUGUUGACGCCUACUGAAAGAAAACGACAAGGGUACAUCCACGAACUCAUUGUCACAGAGGAGAACUACGUGAAUGACCUGCAGCUGGUCACAGAGAUCUUUCAGAAACCCCUGAUGGAGUCUGAGCUGCUGACAGAGAAAGAGGUUGCUAUGAUUUUUGUUAACUGGAAGGAGCUGAUUAUGUGUAAUAUCAAACUACUGAAGGCGCUGCGGGUUCGCAAGAAGAUGUCCGGGGAGAAGAUGCCCGUGAAGAUGAUCGGCGACAUCCUGAGCGCCCAGCUGCCGCACAUGCAGCCCUACAUCCGCUUCUGCAGCUGCCAGCUCAACGGGGCGGCCCUGAUUCAGCAGAAGACGGACGAGGCCCCGGACUUCAAGGAGUUCGUCAAGAGAUUGGCAAUGGACCCUCGAUGUAAAGGGAUGCCACUGUCUAGUUUUAUACUGAAGCCUAUGCAACGGGUAACAAGAUACCCACUGAUCAUCAAAAAUAUCCUGGAAAACACUCCGGAAAACCACCCUGACCACAGUCACCUGAAGCACGCACUGGAGAAGGCCGAGGAGCUGUGUUCCCAGGUGAACGAGGGGGUGCGCGAGAAGGAGAACUCGGACCGGCUGGAGUGGAUCCAAGCCCACGUGCAGUGCGAAGGCCUGUCUGAGCAACUGGUGUUCAAUUCAGUGACCAACUGCUUGGGACCCCGCAAGUUUCUGCACAGUGGGAAGCUCUACAAGGCCAAGAGCAACAAGGAGCUGUAUGGUUUCCUUUUCAAUGACUUCCUCCUGCUGACCCAAAUCACAAAGCCCUUGGGCUCUUCUGGCACUGACAAAGUCUUCAGCCCCAAGUCCAACCUGCAGUAUAAAAUGUAUAAAACACCUAUUUUCCUAAAUGAAGUUCUAGUAAAGUUACCCACUGACCCUUCUGGAGAUGAGCCCAUCUUCCACAUUUCCCACAUUGACCGGGUCUACACCCUCCGAGCCGAAAGCAUCAAUGAACGGACUUCCUGGGUGCAGAAAAUCAAAGCUGCUUCUGAGCUCUACAUAGAGACUGAGAAAAAGAAGCGUGAGAAGGCGUACCUCGUUCGUUCCCAGAGGGCAACAGGUAUUGGAAGACUGAUGGUGAACGUGGUUGAAGGCAUUGAAUUGAAGCCCUGUCGAUCACAUGGAAAGAGCAACCCAUACUGUGAGGUGACCAUGGGUUCCCAGUGCCACAUCACUAAGACAAUCCAGGAUACUCUGAACCCAAAGUGGAAUUCCAACUGCCAGUUCUUCAUCAGAGACCUGGAGCAGGAAGUCCUCUGCAUCACCGUGUUCGAGAGAGACCAGUUCUCACCAGAUGAUUUUUUGGGUCGGACAGAAAUCCGUGUGGCUGAUAUCAAGAAAGACCAGGGCUCCAAAGGGCCAGUUACGAAGUGUCUCCUGCUGCAUGAGGUCCCCACGGGAGAGAUUGUGGUCCGCCUGGACUUGCAGUUGUUUGAUGAACCCUAAGAAGUAGCUUGGGACGUGCUCAGUGGAUUUCCAGCCCGAGGCUGCGUGUGCUGUCUGGAAACUGGGUUCCUUGUCUAAGAAAACACCACUGGGUGUUGAGCCACAGAGCAAUGGGAUGGCAGAGACAGGCCCCUCGAAUCUUCUAGGAGUAACUCUUGACAAUCCUGCCCCUUAUAACAAUCUCCUGUUUUAUGGAACAAAACUGUAUUUUCUUUUGUCCUGUCAUGGCUUCUAGGGUCUCUGAAAUUCCGUAAUUCUCUUUUAGGUUCAGUUGAGAGCCUGGCCCAUCACUGGGUGUGAGGUGUGGACUGGUUACUAUGAAAAAGAUUUAUAAAUGCAGUGUCUGUGUUUUUUGGAGAACUCAUGUAGCCUUUCUGUUUCUCACCUCUGCCAGCCCCUUAGGAGACUCCUUGACCAAUAGAGCCAUUGGUGUGUUAGAAACAGUUAUGAUGGAAUUGUUGCUUUGAAAUCUCAUCCUCCCCACCCCAGGGAAAUGCUGCCUGGGGUCUGAUGGUGUGGUGUGAUGGUCUCUUAAUCAGGUACCAGUUUAGCUCUGUGAAGAACUGGUCCCUGGAAGGUUCUAGCAUGUGAGCUGUCUUAGCCGUUUCAUUCCCCUCUCGGCCUUGUGUUAAACAUGUCAACGAGAACACACAGUGGAUCAUCAGAUAAUUCCUUUCUGAUCCCCAGCGUGCUUUGAAGAUGGUCACAGAAGCUCAUUCUCUACAAAAUUGUGCUCUGUUCGAUCAGAUCCCUGUUGGGGAUCUGAUCCCUGUUGGGUCAUUGGGAAGGCAGCUUUGUCACAACCAGCUGGGUCCUGGUUGCCAGCAUUGUUGGAAAAAGUUCUAUUGGAUUGGCUUGUGAUGUUCCACGACAAGUUUUUGCAGGUGACCAGCUCUCAGUCUGUUUUAUGCUCAAAUAUAUCAGAUCCCAACUGCUGUGGGAAAUUUCAGCAGGUGGUAUGGAGCCACACCUACUUUGGUUUUGCUAGGUUCCCCAAAAAGUGGUGUCCUGGAUCCCUAAGGUUUAAAAAGGAAAACUGACAAGCUAGAGGGGGAGUAGAAACAUGUGAAGAAAAUGCAUUCCGUGGUGGGGAGAGACCCUAGGAGAAGCAAGCCCCACCAAGCUGGGAGAAAGACCUAAGACUCCUUCCUGCAUUUUUCCAGGUACAGACCAACUUUUCAGUAAUGGAAACACAAGUGCUUGUGGCCAGAAUCAGGAGUGGAGGACCGUGUACCCAGAUGUUGUGCUUGUUUGCUUUGGUUUUGCCCUUAAAUGCCAGGAGACAGGCUGGUGAAUGAGAUAAUAUCUUGAUUCACUAAUGCAAGGUGCGGGCCCAGUAUUUUGUUUGCAUGUUUUAAUGUUCUCAUAAUCGCAGUUUGUAGAGGUUGUAAAAUGUUCCUUGCAUGUUCUCCUGGUACAAGAAUCCAGUCUAGCUUUCCCACAUUAGACGGUAUUGUCUUUGGUUGUAGAUUAAAGUUGUAGUGGAGAACUUUCUAAACAAUCACAUCAGCACAGUGGCAGAGUACCCAUGUUGCUGGGAAUCAGUGUGUAGCGUUACAACUUCCCACAAGAGCCCUGUCACGUUUCAAGUAAUUUUUUUAAAAGUGUAUGUUGGAAAGGACAACAAAGUUUACAUUUCAUACUUUUAAGAAAUACUGUAUUAUUUAUUUAUUGAAGAUAGUGUAGAAUUUUGUAUCAAGAGCAACAGACAUAAGUAUUUUUUUGAAACAAGCAGAUAAUCUCUUUAGUUAGAAACUUUCAACUGGACGUGUCCUAGACCGAGUUCACCUUCAGGCAUGCAUUUCUUUACCACUUCCCAGCGGAAAACAUGGUGAAAAUACUUUUAAGUUUAUAUUUUUGAUGUUGUUAAAAAACUUUUAAAUCCAAAAAUAGACAUGUAACUCAUGCUUUCCUGUUUCUAUAACCAAUAGUUUUAUUAAGUACCCUAGUAGAAAAAAAGUAUUACAUGUAUGCGUGGGGCAGUGUGGGGGAACGCUCCCAAUCUGUUUCCUUCUGUUCUCCUUUUUCUUCCUUUACUGACUUUAUUUUUGUGUUAAUGUUGGACAUCUCUGUCCCUGUGGGGAGGGUGUGGCUAGAAGACAGACAUCUUUUAAGCUUAUCAGUUCCAGGUCACUUACUAAAUAGGGUCCUGUUAUUGGAAUUAAUGUAGCACGAAAAAACUAUAGAUGAGUUGUUUUCCCCAGAUGACUCUUCUGAGCAUCCUUCAGAUGCUCUCUCAGAGCAGCAAGUUCUGAUUAGUUCUUUGUAUUUACUGAGGUAAUCUGUGACCUGAUUGAUCAUACUUAUGGGCCCCGUACCCAGGUAUGACUUGUGGAGAGAGAGGAGCGUGGAUGAGUCUCAGACGCUUGGCCCAUUAUUUCUUCACCUCUACUUUUUUAACCUUAUGGACUACAUUUAAUAAGAUGAAAUGCCCUUUCUAGUAAGAACUCUGAGUCCUAGCUCUUUGCUUCCCAAAUACAGGGUCCCUCCAGGCCGUGCUUCUUGGCAUCCUGAUCCUGGCCUUUUCGACACUUGCAGAUGUCCUUCUUCUGAGCCGUACUGUUAGUUUUUCCUGCUCACUCUGAACUCCUCUCACCCAAGAGGAGGAAUUCCUGGUGGUGAUGCUGUGACCCUCAGCCAUCCCUUAGAAUUAUCCUGGAGGACAGGAGUCCGUGGGCUGGGUCAUCAGACCAGUGGACCUUAGGGACAGCCCACAUCCAAGUCCCUAUCAGCAAGCCUUCUGGGGCUGUUUCCUCUCCUAGCAGGUAGACUGAUAACAUUGUCUCCAUGAGCAGGGUCUUCUGUGGUCACCAGAGCCUGAAGACGUAUGUGGCUCAUUCAGAUCCAGUCCUGGCCUGACUGGGCAGGAGGGACCUUUGUAGGCAAGGGCCACUGGAAACGGUUAAGAAACAGGCCACGCUUCCUUUGCUGACUGCUCAGCUUAUGUUUCUGUCCUCUGCUGGCAGAGGAGAAAACUCUGUUUCUAAAGAACAUCAUAUGGAAGAGGGAGUAUAUUUUUCCUUCUUUUUAAACACUAACAUGACCUAGGUACUAUAUGAAAGUAUUUUAUUUUAUCUGGUAGAGUUGAUCCGAACUAAAUUGGAAAUAAUUCUAUCAGAAAAUGGGUAAAUUGGCCAUUUGCACUAUGUCUUUUCUUGGUGAACUGUAGUACCAAAAAGUGUCCUCUGGAAUGUCUGAGGGGAUCCAGAGGAUGUGGAAGGAUGAUUGCAGGUUUAUCUUCCAAGGAUGAUAGCAAGUCUGCCCAGCUAUCUCCUGAGUUGUUUGGAGCCAUGCAGAGUGAGAAUCUGGAAGGGCUGGAUAUCAAGGGCCACAUGGACAAGGCACCUCUGGUUUUGUUUGAAAGGUGAAGGUCUUAGAUUAUCUUUUAGAGUCUUAUCGUUUGUGUGGAGAGAAAACCACUAUCUCUACUCCAACUGGCCAAUCUCUACUCUACUUGGGUGGGCCUUUUUGAUUCAUAGGAAGAAAACUGGUAUGCAACAGUUUAAAGAAUUUCCACUGGAAAUAGAAUGAGUGACGUGAUUCGACUUGCACUGAUUUCUUUAGUCUUCUUUCCCUUUCGGGGAUGAGAUGUGCUUUAGAGGCGACAUCAGCACUUUGAUGAGGACACGUUUAGACACAAGAGAUCAUUUCAGGCUCGGGGUUUUGUAAGAUUAACAAUGGGUUUGCUUGUUGUAGAUAUAUUUGCUUUACAAGCACAAAGCAUACUUAUGCCAGAAAGUAAGGAGAUUAAACACAAAUGAGCUGGAUGUUUUUGCUGUGCCUAUACAAGAAGAGGUUUAGCUCCUACAGCAGCUCCAGAAACUGCAGUGCAGCCUUGUCUGUGGACAGGCAUCUCAAGGUAACAGCAGCACACUUUCUUCAGGGAGUCCUUGUUGUGGUCCCGAUUACCACCGGGUCCCAGGAAACAGCCGGAGGAGGGACCAUUUCCUUUAUGGUUUUCAGGCCUAAUUGUGAAUCUAAUUUUUUAAAGUCAUUUAAAUAAAAAUUUAUAUCCAUCUCCAAAUAACUACCCUAGUUCCACACAGGGCACAAUCAGCUCUUCUAUUCAAAGUAACCCCUCUCUGCCUUGGCCUUGGGGAAACAAAUAGGGCUCAUGUGCUAAUUUUUUUUGACGCUAUGUGUGUUCUCGUAUUUCAGGGUGAAUCUGCCCUACUGUGUGUCAGUGUGUUUUGUAGUUGUUUUAAUAGGAUUCUUUUCUAUUUUGUUUACCAGAAGUAUUCUAUUGUCUAAUGAAUGAAUUGUAGUAUCAAAGCCCAUCAAGAAAAACUGUUCAGAAGUGGGCUGAUGUGGUGAGCCUUGAAAGAAAUCCAGCACUCUUCUGAUGUUUCUUGAGAACCAAUGUUUCGGUACUGAUAUUUCCUGCCCAAGGUUUCUUUAUAUGCAGUGGUAGGGAUGCUUAUGUUCUUCUCUUCGAACUCUGCUUUUAUACUUUAGUCAUUUAAAAAGGUGAAAUUCCUGUGUCUACACCUGCAUUCCUUUGCCUUUCUCUUCUUCAGCUCUAGCCUGGUUUGCUCCUGCUUCCAUGUGGAGACAGGGUAGGGGGUCCGGGUGAACUGGAGCCCAAGACCAGGUGGCAGCUUUGCAGCAUUUGGUCAAGUGGCAGCAGCUGCCUUUCUAGAACUGUCCCUGCUGGCCACUUGCUGAUCCCGCUGGCCAGUCCCAAGGCACAGGCCCCCCUACUGCAGCUCCCAGGUGUUGCUCUGUGUACAGAGCAGGAGGAACUUACGAGGAGUUAAGUAAGCAGGGGAACUGACCCAGAGCCAGGAUGUGGACCUGGCUGAGCAGAGAUCUUACCCAGGGAGAAGACCAAAGGUGGAAGGGGAAAGGCAGCUGGCAGUGCGUAUGUGCAUUUCAGCCCUUCACUGGCUUCCCAUUGGAGGUGUCCACUGCUGCUGGGUGGUGGGGCUUCAGGGCAGGCCAGGUGGGGUUCUGGAAGCAGGGCCUCUCUACUUGGGUUGGAUGGCAGGCUUUGCCAUCUGGCAUCUUUAAUGAUGGGGGUGUAGCCACUUGUAUGGGUGCAGGUGUGUGUGCGUGCACGUGCAAGUGCGUGCACAUAUAUGUGGGGCGUGCUUGUAUGUGGGUAGUGCAUUUGUGCAUGUAUUCUUGGCUAUGUGAAUUGAAAGGCCAGACAGGAACAUGUUCCGAUCCUCCCCUGGACGCCCUCAGCACGACCAGCACAUAAUCUGUGAGGCAGGUGUAAACUGAAAACUCAGGCCCCUUGUUUCAAAAAAUUCCGAAUUCAAGAUCGUCAUAGCAAAGCCUUAAUCACAACCAAGGCCCUUAGGAGUGUAGGACCCUUGGUGACCCUACCUGCCCCACGCUCAUGCAGGCUGUCCUGCCACCCUGCAUUUCCAAGUGGAUCUUGAAGCAGGGGAGGCCUCAUCUUUCCCUUGGAAAUCUUCCCUGGCAGGCUGUGCAGAGGUGGGCUGACAUGAUUUUCAGAACUUCUGCUUGUAUGAAAUACAAGCAGAAAUGGUCUGGACUAAUUAGAGGAUGCGGAACCUGAGCUCUGAAUUGACAGAGGCAUCUUAAGUCAGGAGAAUGUGUUGUCACCCACAGUGGCUGGAGCGGGUCUCUGGGGGUGACACUGGAUGCUAAGCAGCCUUUGAACCUUAGCGACUGAACUCAACACCUUGAAAUAAAAUCUUCCCCUGUGGUUAGUCAUCCCCUGGAGCUUUUCUUUGCAUUCAUGGUGGGAUGGCAAGGUUUUUCCAAAUUCUGGUGUCAAAGAGAAGCUGGAAGUGUCCUACAAGUGCUGUGUCUCUCCUUGUUCCUUCCUGGGGAAGAGGUUGUGUGGAGACAGUGACUUCCAGCUGCGCUGUCUCUGUAGGAUCUUGGUGACUUUUAGAUAGGGUGGUGUUAACAGAAAGAAAAGACCCUGCUGUGUGUACAGCCCUGUGCUCUAGAAGACCAAGGUGCCAGGGUGGCUGAGGACCAUGGAUUAGACCCCCCCAGGUGUGUGCUUAUUGCUUUCUUAUACAAGCUUGCUUUUGCUGGGCUGGAGGCUUCAAAACCCCUGCAGGUCUGCUUGAUUUUGCAUAUGUAGUGCCAUCACUACAUACACAGUGAAAAUCGUCACUGCAUUUCCUGAUUCUAGCUGGGGUUGUGCUUGCCAAGUAAAAAUGUUCACACAAACAGAAAUUACAAACCCAUCUCUCGUGAAUUUGACUAAAUCAUCUUGGAGGAAGUAGCAAAUUAUAGCUUCAUUUCCACAUGUUGCACAAUCUUUCAAACCGUGUAAAUUUCACACUGCGAAAUCAUUUUCUAGAGGCACUUAAUAUUGUAUCAGAGUUAGUUUUAAUAAAUGAAUAUUUUGAGAUACAAUUAUAAAUCAACAUCCUUAAAAUGUUAUCUGCUAAGUAGUUACGGUGUCAGAAAGUAGGUGAUUCCAGUAAGAUUCUUGUUAAGGACAUUUAGUUUGAGACAUGCAUUUGAAGCAUAUAUUACCAAUAACAUGAACAUCUGUGACCUGUGAAAUCAGUCUUAGACCUGCUGCAGCACAAGGCUGUGGCCUGCACCCUCCUGGCCUUAUCGUAGCUCUGUCGAUGAGGCGUUGGCUACAGACUCGCCCCUGUCGUAUUGCCUUUGCUCCAUCAGCUUUGUCUCCUCACAUGUGUAGGUGAUGAACAUAUGUGUAAAUACAUGUAUACAAAUAAGAUGCCGCCCCACAAUGUCCCGUGUAUGAUAAUCAGCUUGCAGCUUCUGCAUUUUUAUGCUGUUUCCAGCUAAGAAAAAUGCAGGAUUCCGCUCCAUAAUGUGAAAAAGGUUGUGCUCUUUAAAUGGCUAGUUGUGAAAUCUCUGCUGUGUGUUUAUGGAAAUGACUAAGACUAAAUGUAUAUACAGUAUGUAAGGCUAUGCUGUUAAAUGUUGCUUAAACUUAGAUUGUGUAGUCUAAAAUAUUUAACUUGUUACUGCAAAAUGUGAUUUGUCAUUGAGAGAUUAUUUUUCUGUAUGUAUAUGAGAGUAUUUUAGGAAUCUAAUUUAAGUACAUAAAAUUAUAGAAAAAAUUUAAACCUAUUCCAGUGGUAGAAAAAGCUUAAUCCGAUGAACUGGGUUCAACCUGAUUAAAUUUCUUAUAUUUAAAAAAAAUACAGGUUGUACAUGCUUCGAGAUUCAAAGGAGUUAGGUUUGGAUCCUGCAGGGAAUAUGAUGGAUUUCAAUUUUAGGAAAUGGGUAGUGAUGCAUUGAAAUGAAAAGUAUCCUUUAGCCAUGACCAAUAGAAGACCUCUGCAUUGCUUAAAAUUGCAUAAAAUUGAUUUGUACAGGCAGUGUAUUAGGCCUGGGAGUCUGCCUUCCAUGAAGCCUAUGUGCCACAAACGCUUCCUUGGAUGUAAGCGGAUUAGUCAGGAAUCUGGGGUGACCAGCUGUCCCACUAGAAUUUAGGCACUUUCAGGGAGGCCUCGCCCUAGAUUGCAGCCAGCCCUUCCCACUCCUGACAGACUCAGCACCUCCCUUUCUCCUUUAGUGUUUGCAUUUUCCGUGGGGUAUAUGUACCAGGGUACACCUUAGCCUGCUCUAAUGAUUGCACAGCCAGGUGGGAGGCCCAGUUUGGGAUUUCUGGGCUAAGGCAAAACAGCUGGAACAGAGGAACUUCAUGAAUGCCUGAACCCACUUCUCUGAUGGAGCGAGCGCUCCCACCCCCCUCCCAGUAUCUUUUCCAGAAAGGUAUCAGCCCUGCAGGUGACCCAGGGAGUUACAUGAAGCUCUGUGUCUAAACCUGAGAGAUGCGUUCAGAUGUGGUUACAGGAGGUCCAGACCUGAGUCCCCAUUUAACGACCAGAGAUGCUGUGCUGAGAAGGCAUGGUGCUUCAGGGCCACUGAAUGUUGAUCACUGUUGAAAGUGGAGGACCAGUGAUCUGGAAAGACUUACAGAGAAUAUGAGCAUUAGGUUUCCCACAUUUCCUCUUAAUGCAACUAAUGCUGCCAAUGAACACAUUUUUGUUUUUUGUUUGAGACAGCAUCUCACUAUGCAGUUCAGGCUGGUCUUGAACUCACAGUGAUCCUCCUGCCUUGGCCUCCCAAGUGCUGGGAUGACAGGUGUGCACCACCAUAUAGGCUCAAGUCUUAUUCAUAGACCGAACACUGGUGAGCACUGGAGUCCAAGUAGGACUCAGGAAGCUUCUUGGAAUGUGUUAGGUGUAUGAAUCACCUGGAAGUCACCUCGAACUGUCCACAGGAUCUAUAACCACCUUUAUUCCCAAAGAUGGAGCCAUUUAGAGAUUUCUUUUUUCAAGGAGAGCCUGGGAAGGCCACUUCCGGCCAGUGAACAGAACUAGGCAAGCUCUGAUCCCCGUCCCCCAGAUAGGCCCUGAUGCUUCUCCCCCAGAACGAUGGCCUCUUGGUGGGUGGUCAGUAGGGCCAUGGAUGGGGUGAGUCAGCCAGUCCACAAUCUCCUGGGCCCCUUGGUUCUGAGCCCGUGGAUGAAAGCCUGAGCGGUAGCCACGCCCAGUGGUGCUGCAGAGCCCUCCGUUAGCCUUUGCUUGUUUGUAGAAUGUAAUCAGCUGCCACAUGCAGACUUGGACUUGCGGUGGUGAGGGGGCGGUAGUGCUAGAGGCAGGUUGUGCCCCUUGGUGCUCCCAGCGGUCAGACCAGGCCACCCUGGUGGAUGUCCUGUUGAUUGUAAUAUACUUCUGUUGCCAAAUAACGGUACUAUUUAAUUUUCCAUCAAAGGGACUAUAUUGUCUGCUAUGUAAUGUUAAUGGAGUUCUAAAAAUAACUAGACUUUAUUAUAAAUGGUAGAAUUACGUAUUUGUCUAAGAUUUGAUGAAGCAGGGCCGAGAAUGUUUGUUUUGUUUUGUUUAAAAGAAGCUGAGGUUGUUUUGCUGUUUGAGUGUCCCUCUGGCACCUUAUUAUGUGUGAAAUGUUAAAUUCCAUCUCAGAUUAUGGUAACUGAGGGGUUUCUAUUUUUUUUUCAAACCAGUAACACCACCAGUAAAAAUGGCUGUUCCUGUGCAUUUUGAACCUCAAAAGAACAAUCUCUUCAAAACAAUUCCUUGGUCAUUUUGACCUGUAUGGUUUAAAUUCACAUAGUUCAUGAAUAAAAUGAGAAAAGACAA